AUGAUCACGAUCCCUUAUCUCACCGCCUUGACCACAUAUUUCAGCUAUGGCCUCCUCUUCGCGUUCGGCCAGCUGCGCGACUUUUUCCGCAAGAUUGUAGACUGGUGGGCCCAGAGCAACCUACAGGGCUAUGCGCCGAUCUGUUUGGGGCUGGAGGAUUUCUACAUUCGGAGACUGUAUCUAAGAAUUCAGGAUUGCUUUAAUAGACCAAUAGCAAGCCCACCUGAUUCUUGGUUCGAUUUGGUGGAGCGUGUCUCCAAUGACAAUAACAAAACAUUAAAACGGACCACUAAGGUGAAAAGGUGUCUUAACUUGGGAUCGUAUAACUACCUAGGGUUUGCUUCAGCAGAUGAGUACUGCACGCCUCGUGUAAUUGAGUCCUUGAAGAAAUUUUCUCCAAGCACCUGUAGUUCUCGGAUUGAUGGGGGGACAACCAUAUUGCACGCUGAGUUGGAGGAGUGUGUGGCGAAUUUUAUAGGAAAGGAAGCUGCAGUAGUUUUUGGCAUGGGUUAUGUAACAAAUUCUGCCAUUCUUCCUGUAUUGACAGGGAAGGGAAGUUUGAUUAUCAGUGAUUCUCUCAACCAUAACUCCAUAGUGAAUGGUGCUCGAGGAUCUGGUGCCACUGUUCGAGUGUUUCAGCAUAACACACCGUCCCAUUUGGAGAAGGUUCUGAGGGAUCAAAUUGCUGACGGACAGCCCAGAACACACAGACCUUGGAAAAAGAUUUUGGUGGUGGUGGAGGGAAUCUACAGUAUGGAAGGAGAACUUUGUAACCUUCCUGAAAUAGUUUCCAUAUGCAAAAAAUACAAGGCUUACAUUUAUCUAGAUGAGGCCCACAGCAUUGGGGCUAUUGGGAAAACUGGACGAGGUGUAUGUGAGCUCUUAGGCGUUGAUACUGCAGAUGUGGAUAUUAUGAUGGGAACUUUCACUAAAUCAUUCGGGUCAUGUGGUGGCUAUAUUGCUGGAUCUAAGGAACUUAUUGAGUACUUAAAGUACACAUGUCCCGCCCAUCUGUAUGCCACAUCAAUAUCACCACCUGCGGCGCAGCAAAUUAUAUCUUCCAUUAAAGUCGUUCUCGGAGAAGAUGGUUCUUGCAGAGGUGCUCAAAAGCUGGCCAAAAUCCGUGAAAACAGCAACUUCUUCAGGUCCGAGUUGCAGAAGAUGGGUUUUGAAGUUCUAGGCGACAAUGAUUCCCCUGUCAUGCCCGUUAUGCUCUAUAAUCCAGCAAAAAUUCCUGCUUUUUCACGUGAAUGCCUCAAGAGAAAUGUGGCUGUGGUAACUGUUGCUUUUCCAGCCACCCCUCUGCUGUUGGCACGUGCUCGCAUUUGCAUCUCGGCUGCUCAUUCAAGGGAAGACCUUCUCAGAGCUUUAGAGGUUCUUAGCGAGGUCGGCAACCUGGUAGGCAUAAAGAAAUCUUCAUCCACAAGUAGCCGGAGUUGUCACCGUUGUCCACCCAUCGCUGCCGUCAGUAGCCAUCGUGGAUGUUGUCGGAAAUUUUUUUUUCGUUGGUCACCUCGGGCGUCCCGCGUAUCGUGCAUACCUGCACCACUGCGCACCGAGGCGGUGCAUCGUCGCCCGCGUUUAUCGCGCGCGGCCAGCCCUGCACGAAAAUCACGCGGCAUGCUGCAGCGCUUUAAGGGGCUUCACGCACAAGCCCGCGAGUGCCUCCCUGCAGCGCCUUGCGCCGGUGAUCGUCUGGUCAGCCGCACAUCUUGCGUCACCCGAUCACCACGCCUUGUACUGCCGCGCCCGGGGCUCAUCCAAUCAGCUCCCUUGCUCCUCGCAUGCAACUCACGUACUUCAGCUGUUGUGAGUCGCGCGCCAGGUGCACCUAGCAGCAUGCUGUCGUGCUCCGCAAACCCGCGUGGCUA